AUGAAGACCUGGCGCCUCUAUAUCGAGAUCCGGAGAAGAGUAACUUGUCGAAAUACUGCAACAAAAGCACGGAAAAACAUUAUGCAUUACUGCUAUUUUUUAAACUUUUCCUGUUUUCAGAUAGGUUUAAAUGAGAAGCUGGAGCAGACGUGGGGGCGGUUGUGUAGAGCUCUUAGUGAAAACGAAGCCAAGCUUAAUGUUACUGAAGCGUUCAACACUACCAUUGUGAAUCACCGUAUAGACGAACUUGGCCAUAAAGUUAAAGAACUUCGUGAUUCACGUCUCAGUCCGGAGAAGAUUUGUGCGAUGGAGCGACGAAGGCUGGCAAAUGACAUUCAGGAAUUACGUCAUAUUGCUGAUAUGCUGAUCGCUCAAGUUAACGCUAAUCAUAAGUCUUCCAACUUUACAUGUGGCUUCGGUUCCAGGUUGGAGCGUUCCCAAUUGGAUUGCAGAGAGUGCCUAUUUCCCGUACAACUCUGCUACCAAUUUUCCGAUCCAGAAGGGAUGAGAGGCUUGGUUGGCCAGGAGCGAAAUCGAACAACCACCAUGCUCGUGAUGACCGACAUAACCACCACUGUGCUAUCCUCCCCAUUAUUGAUUACAGAUUACCGUAGUUAUAAUAGGGGAAAUAUAUUAUACAUAGAACAGUUAUAUAUAAAAUAA